AUGUCGCGCGAACACACAGCGAAUAGCUUCGCGUCAUUCGGCUCAGAUUUUGAUCCCGAGCACGAGGCGCUCGCGUCCACGAAGGAAGUCGACGAGAGUCUCCAACUUCCGGAUAUGAAGGGAGCUGCAAGGAAAAACCGCGCCGAUCCCCAUGAAGAUGAACCCGACUUUGCUAUCAACUCCUCCAUGCUGGACCGCUACUUCCCAGAAUUCUCCCAGAUAGGUACGUCGGAAGAGGACAAUGAUCGUGAUGACAACGAUGAUAUCUCUCUGGAGGUCGGACGGGGUCCCGCAAAGCCAGCGCGUCGUCUUGAUGACUCACGAAACUCGUAUAUGAGCAUUGAAAACAGCGUCCGUUCCUCGUCACCCGCGAUGCGACUGGAUUAUCCUGCUUCAUACACUCCACAAAAGUCUGCUAUGCGUAAUGCGUCCCGCCGUGCUGUUAGCGAGAAUCUUCGGAAGGAUGCCCAGCUUAGACGGGCAAGUCUUGCUCAGAAAGAAAACGUGGACCCACAAUCAUCGAAAUCCAACCGCAAGGAUCAACGACGAACUCUGUCCGACAUGCAUGCUAGAAUUCGCGACUCUUAUGAUGGCUCCUUCGUUGGUGAUGAGAGGCCUCCGGCAGUCGCGAGCACUGCGCGGAGCACACGAUUUGGAAACGCGAACCUUUCCAACCAGAUCGCGGAUGCCGUGGAAAAAGCAUCUCAGGAUGCAUACGCGAGGGAAAUGCGUCGAGGAAAAUAUGCCUCGAACUCUCGCAACGCGUCUUUAAAUGCUGCAGGCGACACUGGUACUCAACAGUCAUUUCUACUCCCAGAUCUUCCCAACCUUUCUGAAUUGGUUUCGGGUGUGUAUGAAGACGGCACUCCCGUUUACAGCCGCCAAAACAGAGCCCGGACAACGCGAUUUGUUUCGCCUCCACGCGAUAUCACUGAUGUUUCCAUGACUCGCGAACAUUUACCCCUCGACGCUGUUCCGAUACCCGAAGAUGAGAAGGCCUUAUUUGUGUCCCUGAGGCUCCUGCAAGACAAAGUUUCGGAACUGGAAAGAACCAAGGCUGAGGCCGAGAGGAGAAUUGAGGAGAUGCGACAGGAAAAUGUGUCUUUGAAAUCAGGCAAGCCUCGUAAGGACAAGCAUGGUAAGAGCAGAUAUGGUGGCGAUGAAGAUGAUUACGGGAAAGACCGUCUCAUCAAUGAGAAUCAGAAACUCGAUGCAGCCAAUAUGGCCCUGCAAAACAAGCUCGACCUUGUUGAGCGGAAGGCCCAGAUCCAGGAAUCUGCCUUAAAGAGAUUGAAUAAGGAGCGAGAUAUGGCAGUCUCUCAACUCGGGGUGGCGUAUCUUGAAUCCCAGGACUUGAAGAGUGAGAAUGAGAACCUUAGACAGGAGAAUGCCGAACUUUCAACCCAACUAGCAAGGCUUAGCCAACAUGCAUCCAAAGCUCGCGAAGAUACGUUCCGAUCAGAGCGAACGUCUACAAGCGAGGCAAGCACCGAGGAUAGCCAACGUGACACUCAACAGAGCGCAAACGUGUCCCAGGGGACUAGGGAGGUAACGUCUAAGAGCACACGCUCACGGUCCAAGGCUGGACAACGGGAAGACUCCCAUGCGAAGGUUUCCACUCAGGUUAACAAGGAGAUCUCCCGACUCGAAAUGGAGAGAGCAGAGGAGGCACUUUUCUCAAUCGAUUUGCCACGUUCAAGAGAAUCAUCCAAAUUAAAAAAGGAUAAGUCGGAGAAGCAGUCUCAAACGAAGAAACAGUCCAAUACCAGCAAACAGCGCGUGAAGAGAGUGGUUGUGGAAGAAGUGGAUGUUACGGACCCCGUAGAAUCUACUAACGAUGUCACUAGCAAUACGCGAAAGUCAUCUACAACCGAGCAGGACAUGACACUUUUGAGCUUCAUUGACGAGCGUGAGAUCGCCCAGUUGCGCAAGACUUUGGAGGAAGAACGGCUGGCACGCAAACGACGUCAGUCGAAUGUAGUGAAAGAUCAAGCUCUAAACGAUACAGAAAACUCCACUCGUGCCAGCGUAUCAAAAACAGCAGCUCCUCGGAAAUCAUCUCUGAAAGACAGCAAGCAAGCACCGGCUCGACCCGCCUCUGCCAUGGGUGAUUUCACAGGGACGCCCAAGGCUAGCGUGGCCGAGGGAGACACGAAUUUGUCCGUACCUGUCGAGCGACCCAGACGUCACUCCGAUCAUUCUGCAGCUCCUCGGCGGCGGCGCCAUACUUCGCAGGACAUCACCUCCGCAUUCAUCUUGCCUGACAUUACCCUCAACCAUGCCAAUGUUAUUGCUGAGAACCCCACACAGCUGCCAGAAUCAGCACAAAGGGCACUGGAUAGUGCCACGCAACACGAUGGCAAAAAUUGUACGGUCUGCAAGGGGACACUGUCCUGCGAUCACUGCGACCAUACCAAUACGGUGAAGAUUCCUAAGCCCAUCCCGGUUUCAGAGCGUAUGCCAAAGCCUUCUGUCUUCAAUCAGGAGCCCACUUUACGGCCGGCGCAAGCUCCUGCUGCCGCUCUGGCUACAGUGCUGAAAUCAUUGGAGGAUGAGCUGUCGCAUCUAAAAAUACAGCUGGUCACCUAUCAAGGAGCUUAUAAUAAGCUGGAUGCGUCUCUGAAUAAGCGACAGAGGAAGUCACUGGGUACAAAGAUCGAGAAGCUGCUGAGAGAAGUGGACAUGAAAGCUGACCAGAUCUAUGCGCUGUACGAUGUUCUCGAGGGCCAGAAGCGAAGUGGACAGAAUAUGACGGAGCAGGAGGUCGAGGUAACUCUCCAAUCGAUCGGUAUCAACACGGCGGAUAAGGCAGCCGAUAUGACCAGUACCACCGAUAAGUCUGCACCUAAGAAUGUCGGGACCGACUACGAUAUAGAUGAUGAUGACGAUGAAGAACUUCCGUGGGAGGGGAUCGAGAGCACAAUGGAUAUGACUGGCAGGAGCGGUGAAAGCCAUCGUAAUUAG